AUGACUUCUAUGCAGUACGAAACAUACAGGUCGACACUGAUAGCAUAUCCAGAUACCCUUCUCGGUACAAUGUUCCAGGAUCGCAACAAUAACUUAUUACGACCCACAAACGACAACGAAUACUUUUUUGACCGAGAUGGUCAUACAUUCCGGUAUAUCAUGCAAUAUUAUCGUACUGGUGAAAUUGCUUGGCCCAGACGUACUAAAUUUUCUGACCCCUGGUUUCAAGAUAUCAGUGGCACAGAGCUAAAGCGUGAGCUUGAUUAUUUUCAGAUACCGACGGCAGGUAUAGGAUUGCUUCUUGAUGAGGAUGAGCCAUCUUUUGAAAGAGCUGCCGCCACACGAGUUGAUGACUUUAUGAAUGCGUUGAAAGAAGCUCUUUUUGAAACAAUAACUAAUUUCAAGACAAAAGUCGGAAUAACGUUUAACUGGGAUCGAUCAGAGCCUACUGUGAAUCCACGGAUCGAGAGAGUCAUCAAAAUAGUCGGGCCGUUUGGUACAAUUGGUUAUCACAUAUUAUAUAUGUUUGGCAUGGAGAUCGAAAAGUAUCUGCAGACUUUAUUUCCACAACUUGAAGUGCGAAUUGAUAAAUUCUUCACGGACACACCAAGAGCGUAUGUUAACGUCUAUAUGUAUUCCAAUAAUGCUCUAGAUCGGAAUAAGAUUCUCAGUUAUUCUUGUCUUGCUGAACGCGAAUAG